GUGCGGAGGCCCCGCCUCCCGCCAUGCGGAAGGGCGCCGCAGGGUCCCGCCGCCCCAGGGCCGCGGGUUCGGGGCCCGGGCCCGGCCCGGUGCCGGUCGCGGUGGCCGCCGCCGGCUUCUGCCCCCGGUCCCGCCGCUGCCCGCGGCCGCUGCUGCCGCUCCUGGCGCUGGCGGCCGCCGCCGCGCUCCUCUACAGCGCCUGGCCCGGAGGGGAGCGGGACACCGGCACGCUCCCACCUGCUGCUCCCCCCCCUUCCUCGGACCAUUCCCUCCGGCAGCUCCUGAAGCUCUUGGAUCCGUCCCGGCUCCACCAGCGCUUCCUCCGGCCCUUCCUUCGGGAGCGGGUGCCGGGGGGGCCGGGGAGCCGCGCCGUGCGCCAGCACAUCGCGGGGUGCCUGGAGGCGCUGGCCUGGCACGUGGAGCUGGACGCCUUCGCGGCGCCGACGCCGCGCGGCUCCGUCACCUUCACCAACGUGGUGGCCACGGCGGCCCCCGGCGCCGCGCGGCGCCUGGCGCUGGCCUGUCACUACGACACCAAGGUGCUGCCGGCGCCGGGCUUCGUGGGCGCCACGGACUCGGCCGCCCCCUGCGCCAUCAUCCUCGAGCUGGCCGCCGCGCUGCGCGGGCCCCUGCGGCGCGCCAAGGAGGCGGGCGCGGAGGCGACGCUGCAGCUCCUGUUCCUGGACGGGGAGGAGGCGUUCGAGGAGUGGAGCGACACCGACUCCCUGUACGGCGCCCGGCACCUGGCGGCGCGCAUGGCGGCCACGCGGCACCGCGCCGGCACCCACCUCAGCGCCAUGAGCCUGCUGGUGCUGCUGGACCUGUUGGGCGCGCGGGACCCGGCCAUCCACAGCCACUUCCCCAGCACCCACCACUGGUUCCUGCGCCUCGUCCACAUCGAGCAGCGGCUGCGGCGCCUGCGGCUGCUCCACGCGGCCCCCCCGGACCCGCCCUUCUUCCGCCUCAGCCCGGCCCCGGGGCCCGUCGAGGACGAUCACGUCCCGUUCCUGCAGAGAGGGGUCCCGGUGCUGCACCUCAUCCCGCUGCCGUUCCCGCCGGCCUGGCACACCCCCGAGGACACGGAGCGGAACCUGCACCCCCCGACCAUGGAGGAUCUCACCAGGAUCCUGCUCGUCUUCGUCACCGAGUUCCUGCAGCUCUGAGCCCCCCCGGGACCCCCCCCGGGACCCCCUUUGGGGACCCCCCUUUGGGACCCCCUUUGGGGCGCCCCUGGGCUCCCAUUUGGACACUCCUCUUGGGGACUUCCCUCCCUUUGGGGACUUUGGGCCCCCCCCUAAGGACGUGCCCCCCCCUCCCACCCCCCCCCCCCAAGCCGCCUCAUCCCGAUUCUUCCAAAAACCAGCACAAAAAAGACCCCAAAUCCAAAAA